GUGUGUGCAACUGUGUGAGAGACAGGCUGUGACAAAGAGACACAGGGGGUGUGAUCUGUGUUAUAGAGUGUGACAACGACAGUGAAUGUCAGUGUGUCUAUGUGUGUCUGCCGCCCCCUCCAGGAGGGGCUGGGCCCUGCACUCUGUGUGCAUGUGACCCCACAGUCUGGCCUCAGCUGCUCAGCGCCCCCUGCCCCCUGUCCGACCCCCUCCCCACAGUUCAAAGGGGAUAAAAUCCGCCCCCCUCGGUCUGCCCCACCACCCACGGGACCCUCUGCGGAUGAGACGCCCACUGGUCAAGCGGACCCUCUUGUGGUGCCAGCGGUGGGAGCCGGACGCCAGCGACACCCCACAGGCCGAGUGCCCAGCGCGGACACAGCGUCUGGGGACGUGGCCGAGGCGCCUGGUCUCCGGCCCCGCACUGCUCCAGCCAUGGCUGAAGGGGGGGCCGGGGGGAAUCAGCCGCCGCGUGAGCAUCCGCAGAACCUGCAGGGGCUGCUGCAGAUGGCCAUCACCGCUGGCAAUGCCGAGCCCGGCCAGCUGGAGCCCAUGUCUGACGAGCGGCGGCAGUGGUUGCAGGAGGCCAUGGCCCAGGCGUUCAGGGGGCAGCUGGAGGAGGUGGAGCAGAUGAAGGAGUGUCUGCGGGUGCUGGAGGCCGUGUCCCCUGGGGGGGAAGGUGGGGAGACCUCGGAGCCGGCCGAGGGGGACCCCUCCCGCCAGGCCAGUGCGCUGGAGCUGCUGGCUGAGCUGUGCGAGAACCUGGACAACGCCGCAGAUUUCUGCAAGCUGGACGGGAUGCGGCUGCUGGCUCACCGCUACCUGGAGCACCCCGUGGCGGAGCUGCGCUGGCGCGCCGCCCACCUCGUGGGCACCUGUGCCCAGAACGUGCCCACGGUGCAGGAGCAGGCCCUGGCGCUGGGCUGCAUGCGCAAGCUGCUGCGCCUGCUGGACCACGACGGGGCCGACGUGGUGCGCGUCAAGGCACUCUUCGCCAUCUCCUGCCUGGUGCGCGCCCAGGAGGGCGGCCUGCAGCAGUUCCUGCGGCUGGACGGCUUCUCGGUGCUGAUGCGCGCCAUGCAGAGCCCUGUGGAGAAGCUCAAGGUCAAAUCCGCCUUCCUGCUGCAGAACCUGCUGCUGGACCACCCGGAGCACAAAGAGACCCUGUGCUCCAUGGGGAUGGUGCAGCAGCUGGUGGCUCUGAUCCGCUCUGAGCACAGCCCCUUCCACGAACACGUCCUGGGGGCCCUCUGCAGCCUGGUGACAGAUUUUCCCCAGGGGGUGCGGGAGUGCCGGGAGCCGCAGCUGGCGCUGGAGGAGCUGCUGAGGGAGCGCUGCCAGCUGCUGCAGCAGCAGGAGGAGUUCCAGGAGGAGCUGGAGUUCUGCGAGCGGCUCCAGCGUAUCUGCUUUCAGACACCCCCCGAGGAGAGCAGCAUGGAUCGGUGACUGCCCCCGGUGUCCCCCCCCGGGAUCUGUGACUGGCCCCGGUGCUCCUGGUGUCCCCCCCCAGAUCGGUGGCUUCCCUGAGGUGCCCACCUCUCAGAAUGGUGGUUUCCUCUUGGCCUUUUCUGUGUGUCUCGUGUGAGCGGCUUUUCCGAGAGGGACCCCCAGCUGGACACCCCCACACACCCAUGGGGCUGGGGAGAGGGGCCGGAGCCACCCCAGAGAGAAGGGCCCUCGGCUGGAUCAGAACCAGGAGCCUUCUGGCUCCUGUUUGUUCUGUGUAGAUCCUGCGAGAGAGACCCCCUCCUCCCUGCCACUCGAGUUGUAAUGGCGAAUCCAGGCAGCGAGGGGUUAAUCUGAGAACACUUCCCCUCCAGUGAGGUCUCUAGGGGGCGCUGCCAGGGUGGGGACUGGCUGGCUGCAGGGGGGCUGGGAAUGGGGCACGGGGCUUUUCCUUUUAGGGGGUGCUGGCCCUGAGCUGGGCCCACCUGAGGGUGGGGGGUGCCAUCUGACUUGGGAGACCAGAGGGUCGGUGCUAUGCCCAUUGCUGUCACAUGCUCCCCACGUGCAGGGUCUAGGGGGCAGGGUUGGGGAGCUGAGCUGGGGCAGGGGGUGCAGCUUGGGGUGCUCCCGCUCUGCCUGUUCCUGUGUUCUUGUUGCUGAUGGUUUUCUAAUAAAAGUUCUGCAUU